AUGCCCACCGAAAGCCCUUCCUCUUCCUUCAGCCCCUUCCAGCGCCACGGAAGGCAGGAACUUACUCUUCAACACUGGAUGACUUCGAAGAUACAAAAAACUUCUACAGAGAUAAGAUCUCACGAUUCCAGCGGCGGUACUAUACAUAAAGAACAGUGUUUAGAAGUAACGUGUAAAAAGGAGAGAAAUUCGCGAAAGUUGGGAUAA